GCCCCGCGGCAGGGCAGCAUGGCGGCAGCCGCGGCUGUGGCGGCGGCCCGGGCCGUGCGCUGGGUCGCCAGAGCCGCCGCGGCGGGACCGCUCCUGCUGGGCCCAGCCCGUCUGCUGGAUAGCGGUGCCUUGCGGGCCGCUGCGCUCCCCGCCCGCGGGAGCGGCAGCAGCUCCGCGCUGGGCAGCAUCCUGGGCAUCCCCGCUGGAAAGCCGAGCGACUCCCUGGGGCAGCACCCACCGCCCGUUGCCACCAGCGUAGAAGAACAGAACCGCCUGUUACAGCAUCCGCCCGACCAGCCCCAGAGCCCUAAGGUGUUAAGAAUUGCCAUCAUCGGAGCACCCAACGCUGGGAAGUCCACACUCUCUAAUCAGCUCUUGGGCAGAAAGGUGUUCCCUGUCUCUAAGAAAGUGCACACAACCCGAUGCAAAGCCCGGGGUGUUGUCACACAUGAGGACACACAGCUGAUCAUUUUGGACACACCUGGCCUCACUAAUCCUUUGAAAGCCAAAAGACAUAAUUUGGAUAAAGCCAUGCUGACAGACCCAUGGGACAGCAUGAAACAUGCAGAUAUAGUUCUGGUUUUGGUGGAUGUGUCAGAUCAUUGGACACGAGACUCUCUGAGCAGGGAGGUGCUCAAGUGCCUUUCUAAGUUUCCUCAGAUCCCCAGCAUCCUGGUUCUGAACAAGGUGGAUCUGCUAAAGAAUAAAUUUAUUCUGCUGAACCUAGUAUCUGAGCUAACAGAGGGAAUUGUGAAUGGAAAGAAACUGGAAGUGAGAUCUGCAUCUAAAGAGGAUUCCAGUUCUUUAGCAAAGUCUCCUCAUCAAAUCGCUCAGGCUUCUCCACCUGAGAACAGAGUCCCAGGGUCUCACUGUCUGCAGGAAGCAGAUCAAGCUCAAGAAGGCUCUAGCUUGGACAGCAUCAGUGAUACAAGAGCUUCUGAGUCCAGGCUUACUGCAGAGGCACAAGGGCCAAAGCACUGUGGCCCUAGAGAUCUAAAAGAUCUGAAGGGCUGGCCAUGCUUCCAGGAGAUCUUCAUGCUGGCAGCACUGCACGGGGAGGAGGUGGAUACGCUCAAGCAAUACCUCCUGAUGCAAGCCAAGCCAGGUCCUUGGGAGUUUCACAGUGGGGUCGUGACCAGCCAGUCACCUCAGGAGAUCUGUGACAACAUCAUCAGGGAGAAGAUCCUGGAGUACUUGCCAAAGGAAGUGCCCUACGGUGUGACUCAGGUGACAGACCUGUGGGAGGAAGGCCCGAGUGGGGAGCUGCUCAUCAUGCAGAGCCUUUUAGUCCCAAGGAAGUCUCAUAUGGUGAUGUUGAUUGGAAGAGGAGGAAAGGUUAUCAGCAGGAUUGCUGAGGAGGCUGGCCAGGACCUGAUGAAUGCUUUCCUGUGUGAAGUCCGCUUGAAGCUUAAGGUGGGCUUGAAGACUUGAGCUCUUUGCAUAUAUUCUGACAGCUCCUGAACACUUUGGUCAUGUGAAGAAACUGGCCUCGUUCUCCCCAGGGGUGUCUUGAUUGAACCUUUGUCCAAUCCAGAAACAGGUGAUGGAACAUAGCAGGCUGAAGUGGAAGGUAUUCUUCUUCAGGGGAAUGGCCCAAACCAAAAUAAAAUCUUCAGGCCUCCUAUGGCACCCUGUCUUGUGGAAGCUGGGGAUGGACAGUAGAGAACCAGCUACACACAGUUAUAGUACUGCAGUAACAGAGCUGUCAUCUGCUUCUCUUGGGCUGUGUCCCAUGUCCUUGCUGUCAGGUGUUUGUGCCUGGAAGUUCAGGAGUGUCUCAGCUCUUUUAGCUGACAGAAGGCUGCAGUGAAGGAUUACCAGCAUGUCUGUCAUCUCUUCCGAAGGCUGAAUCACCCCAGCAGUGGUCAUGCAGGUGGAAGAGGCUAACCUAGCCCACAUGGUGUCUCGUGUUACCUGUUGCAGUUCCUGAGUGUGAGUGGAUGGCUGUGCAGGGAGCCAGUUUUGCCCAGGUAGACUAAGCAAAGGCUGGCUAGCAGCUGGCUAGCAGAAACACCACAAUGACUGGGUGUGACAGAAGUAGUUCUCAAACUCUUUGUAGAUCCUCAAGGCCAGUUUCCAGCUCUGUUGGAGCUCAUCUUGCAGGCUGCCAUGCACCAUCCUCUUAAAUGACUGCCAGCUGCUGCCUUCAUUCUGGCCUCUUCUGUGUUAUAGUUUGUGGAAAUGCUUGUUCCUUCUCUUUCCCCUCUCAUCUUUUCCUCCAGCUUCCUGUCUUGUGGCACUUGCUCCACAGGGCUGAGUCCGGUCACAGGCUCAUACCAGUGGAUUGCUGAAGAAGUGAGAAAUGGAACUGUGGUCCAUUCUAGAUGUGUCUGUGAGCUGCUUCCCUGAGCAGCAGUGGGAUCAGGGAAUGGCAUUUGCCAGAGUGUAUUAACUGGGAAGUGAGAUGGAGCAGGGAAUAGGUGUCUUUCUGCCUCUGCACAUCUUGCUUCUGUUGCCCAGUGGGGUCCUUCCUGUCCACCUCUCUGUAUGUUUGGCUAAUUAGUGAAUGAAUGUGUGAUUUGAAAAUGCCACCAGCAGCAUCUCACAGAUGCUUCCUUCUUCAGCAUGGCUUGUUCAUCAUGCAAAACCAGAGUAGAUGCCCCUUUGUUAGGAAUUUGAGCAGUUUAUUGCACCAGGGUCACAAAUAAAAAUGAGAAUGACAGCAGGUUCUGCAGUUCAGGUUUAAUGGGAUGUUGGGGUUGUGGGGCAGCUGGCACAAGUCAGGGUGUGAGCAAAUCUCAGAAGCUGGAGGAGCAAGACUUGGGCACCUUAUGCUUCUCUGUAGCCUUUGGCAUGCAGUGUGGUGGAGCCUGGCACCAUGAGUGUGUGCAUAAGCCCCUGCCCUCUGUGGCAGUCCACAUGUUGCCCUGUUGGAGGGCUUCAGUUUUGUCUCCACAAAUGGCCAUGCUCAGGUGUGUUGAGCACUGAGUAGCUUCUUGCCAGGUAAAUCCCUUUGUGCUGUUAGGAACGGACAUUCCCAAGUGAGGAAAAGCUGGGCUCCUGCUCCAGCCAGAGUGGUCAGGUAGAGGCUGCUGGGGACUCUCUGCUCCUGCCUGGGUCUGCUGUGAUACUGUGAUCAAGGAAAUGUUUCACUGGUUAUGUUUGAGCUGCAGGAGAUUCUCCUAUCACAAUUCGUCUGAGCACCAGGGUGAGAAGCCUCCAUGGAGUGCCCUGCCUUGUUUUCCUCUUGCAGGGGACACUGUGGUCCCUUGAUUGACACUACCUGACUUCUGUAUUUUCCUUGGAAUAAAAUGAAGUCCCAGCAGAA